AUGACCUUCGGACGGCCGACCAUGCUCCAGGAUGCUGGUAAAGUUCCGAUCCCUAUGCUCAUAGAUGAUGAAUUCUUGCGUGACGAUGGAGAGGAAGGACAUCAGCCUACCGAUGUGCCGUCCAGAUUAGGCUUGUUUGUGUCCUCCUGCACGCUUUUUGAACACCUUGCAGAGAUCUUGCGGACAUUUUAUACGGCGAGUUCGGAGCCUGACGACCUGGUCGAAAUUGUUCUGAGGCUCAAUCGCCGCCUCGACAGCUUUGCGAAAUCGGUACCAGACUACUUACAGACAUCCGAAGUAUCACCACUGGUUGUGUCAGAGAAGAACAAUUGUGUCAGCCUACAACAACAAGUGUUGUACUGCAGAUUGUUGUAUGUGCGGCUACUCUUGUUACGACCGCUUUUGCUCUCCACCACCCGUCACACCCGUCCACAGUCAACAAAUACUGGCAAAAUGGUCACGGACUCCUCGCUGGAUCAGCAUUUGGUCAUCCAAUGCUGCAACCUGUGUGUUCAGAUGGCUCACAGACUGAUUGAAAUUAUUCAUCAGCAUCUUGAUACCGCGUACAAGAGUAGCGCAUGGCAUUCGGUAUACUUCACAUUUGCGGCGAUGAUCACUUUGCUUGCGGCUGUGCAGGGUCCUGAAAAUAUCCAAAUUCGAGAUGCCCAGCAGUCGUUCGAAGCAAGUUGGGUUCGUUGCCUGCGAAUCCUGGAACACUACGAAGAGCAAGUCAUCUCUGCACCUCAAGCAAUCUCCGUCCUACAGAAGCUCAGAAUUCGAGCUUCUCGCUCUCAAUUAUCACACCGAGAUCAAAUAAACGCUGAAGAUGUCUUGUCUCAUGCUGGCGUAUCUCGAGAAGCCACCGCAGGAGAAAACGGCGAUCAUGACGCCGGUGUACAGCCCACCAACUCGUCAUACGUUACCAACUACGUCGAUGCAGAUGCCAAUCCCAUGGUGAACCUCAGUCCAUUUCUAAGUUACGGGGUUGACGAACUAUCCGAUGCUUGGUUUGGCCAACAUCUUCUUGACCUUGACUAUUUUGGACUCAACUGGGAUAUUAAUGCCACCACUCCGUCAUUGUCCUCCAUGUCUUAA